AUUCUCAUAUCUUUUCCAGAGCAUGGCGGUGCUGCUGGAGACCACAAUGGGCGACCUGGUCAUCGACCUGUACACAGAGGAGCGGCCCUGCGCUUGUCUGAAUUUCCUGAAGCUCUGCAAAGUCAAGUACUACAACUAUUGUCUUAUUUAUAAUGUACAGCGGGAUUUUAUUAUACAAACUGGCGACCCCAUGGGAACUGGCCAUGGAGGGGAAUCCAUAUUUUUUCAACUGUAUGGUGAGCAAGCCAGAUUUUUUGAGGCAGAAAAGGUGCCCAGAAUCAAACACAAGAAGAAAGGAACUGUGUCAAUGGUGAACAAUGGCAGUGAUCAGCAUGGAUCACAGUUCCUCAUUACCACAGGGGAAAACCUGGAUUACCUUGAUAGUGUACAUACAGUAUUUGGGGAAGUGACAGAAGGCAUGGAUGUAUUGAUGAAAAUCAAUGAAACCUUUGUAGGUAAGGAUUUUAUCCCAUAUCAAGAUAUCAGGAUAAAUCAUACAGUAAUUUUAGAUGAUCCCUUUGAUGAUCCACCUGGCUUGUGUGUUCCUGAUCGCUCACCAGAACCUACAAAGGAACAGCUUGACAGUGGGAGAAUAGGAGCAGAUGAAGAAAUUGAUGACAUGAGAGGACGGUCUGCAGAUGAAAUAGAAGAAGUUCAGGCCGAAAAAGAAGCAAAAAGUCAUGCUAUUCUUCUGGAAAUGGUGGGAGACUUACCAGAUGCAGACAUCAAGCCACCAGAAAAUGUGCUGUUUAUCUGUAAGUUGAAUCCUGUGACCACAGGUGAAGACCUGGAGAUAAUAUUUUCACGAUUUGGUCCCAUUAAAAGUUGCGAAGUGAUCCGAGACUGGAAGACUGGUGAAUCUCUUUGUUAUGCUUUCAUUGAGUUUGAAAAGGAGGAAGACUGUGAGAAAGCCUACUUCAAAAUGGACAAUGUGCUGAUAGAUGACAGACGGAUACAUGUGGAUUUUAGCCAGUCUGUUGCAAAGAUUAAAUGGAAGGGAAAAGGUGGACAGUAUACCAAGGAAGAUUCCAAGCACUAUGAGAAGGAAGGUGACAAACCUUCGAAAUUUGCUCUGAAAGAAAAAGUAAAACCAAAGCAAGAUGGCAAGUAUGACCUUGUGCUGGAUGAGGAUGUAGAGAAGUCUCACACAAGUCAGUCACACUUGGCUAAAAGAAAGAAGAAGAAAAAGCACCACCACCGUGAUGAAGAUGACAAGAGGACCAAAAAAUCUAAGGAUUCUGACCGAAAGCAUGAAGAAUGCUGUAGGAAGAGGACCAGGGAUAUGAAGAAAGACAGGCAUCGAAGCCGUAGCCAUUCUCAGGAGAGAGAUUACACUUGCAGAUGAAAGAAAAAGCAGAGGGGAGCUAAAAUAAUUUAACUUCUUUUCUUUAGAAAAAAAAAAAAAAGGAACAGAGCUGCAGCUGCUAAGCCUCAGUCUGUAGGCAGAAACAUUCUCUCGUAAUUUUGUUUCCUCCUUUCCAUUAGGAAACAACUCCUUAACGCCUUCCUAGGAGAUGUGUGUUGUUAUCAGUUACUGUGUGUUUUGAUCUGUCCCCUUUUCAUGGGGAAGAUAAGUUCUUGUGAAGUCAUCUUCCUAACUGAUAUUAAUAAAGAUUUACUUGUAGGUAUUUAGAGAAAGCCUUCCAGUCAAGUUUUAGGCUUUGGCCAAGCCCUGGUCCUGGCUGUCUGGCAAUUAUGUGUGGAUAUUCUCAGUUCAGUCAGAGAGAAAACGGAGAGUUUCUAACCAGGCAGAAACCUGGGAAACAGUUGAGAUGUAAAUAAUUCUUUAUCUCUCUUGUUGUUCAUAUUGUUUAUAGAUAAGUUCUGCCACUGAGCAUCAUUCACUGCACAACAAUGGUGGGAAAUGUUUUUACUCUAGGACCAAUAGAAUUGGUCUGGACGAUGCUCUCUAUAAAAGAAUGAUGUAUUUUAAAUACUGUAGAGUUGUGCUUUUCAUGUUUUACUACAUUUGCAUUAUGUAUAAGUUUGUUCCAUGUACCCUCAGUUCUGUAACGAUUCCCCCCGGGUCUUCCCGUCUCUCCCCGCGGGUCCGUUGUCCCCAAGAAAUGCCGAGUCACUGUGUUUACCCCAAAUGCCUGUCUGUCACUCGGUAUCCCUCCCCCCCACCUGGAAUCUUCCACCCGGGAAGCCGGGCGAUAGGCAGACGUCCUGGGACCCUCCACCUGUCCGUCCUUCAUUGGAUGUACCCCCGUACCCCACUACCCUCAAGCCCCCCGUGGCGUUACCCCAUUGGCUGCCCCAGUUUUCCCCUGUCCUGUACUUAAUCUGCGGGUGCGGCACGCCCGCCGCUUUCUCCUGGCUGGCCCCAGUGCGCGCCGCUGCCCCGCCCAAGCCGCUCCGGGGCUUUCCUCUCGGCCGGCUCCAGCGUGCGCCGCUCCGCCCUGCCCGCCAGCGCAGCUCAGACAAACGCCAGCGCGGCUCGCCUGGGUCCCUUCGGAUUAUUGUUUUCCCCGUUGGAUUGCAAUAAAUCGGAAUUCGCCCCCUGGAGAAAGACUCUCUUCAUUAAACCGCCGUGGGGUUCGCUGAUUGCUCUCCAAACCCACACAGCUCCGCCCAAAGCCCGUGAGGGCGCAGCGGGAGGCACUGGAGAUCUGCCCGCUCCCCUUCUCCCCAGAGCUAGCCGGGGCAAGGGAAAGCAGGGGGGAGAGAGAGCACCCAGCAAAAUACUCUCAAGCCUUCUGAAUUGGAGUUCUUUCAUACUGUCCUGCCUUAACAGCGUCAAUUAUGCCAUCAGACCCACUGUUUCUAUACUAUACUAAAAAUGUAAUCAAGUCACUUUGACUUGCUGAUUUCAUUUUAUAAAAGCUGGACUUCCUUUCAAGGUAAACUUGGAAACCUUUCCUGGGAAACAUUCUCCAGGUUCUUGCUAUGAAAUGGGAAGAUUCCUCUCCACAGGAGGAAUUUCUACUGGAUCUUUCUGCUGGAAGCUGCCAGACACCUGAACAACCCGUGAUCACCUCAUAAGGACAUUAAGAAAAUGUGUUGUUGACAUGGCAAUGUGUGAUAGAGCAAAACACCAUAUAAGGAAAUACCGUGUCUUGAAGUGCAUAAAAACAUCUUGUUUCUCUCAAUAAACUUCUCAGUGUG